AUGUUGAAGGCCUGUAUCGGAGCUGGUUUGCUGGCUAUUCCCAACGCCUUCAAACGCCUGGGUCUAAUAUGUGGCACUAUCGGCAUCAUCUUCUUAGGAGUUUUUGCUACAUACUGUAUACAAAUGCUGGUCAUCGGGCAGUACGUGGUUUGCAAGAAACACAGAGUUGGUUACCUGUCCUACCCCAAAACCAUGAAGCUGGCACUACAGGCUGGUCCUCCAUCCUUGCGAUGGUCUGCCAACAUAUUUGCCAUUGCUGUUGAAGUUUUACUCUUCGUCUGGCAAAUAGGAGUAUGUGCGGUCUUUUUGGUAUUCGUCGCUGAAAAUUUAAGACAGUUCAUACAAUUUCUCGGCGGCGACCUGCCAGUGAGGCUAGUUAUCCUAUGUUUGUACCCUUUCUUGGCCCUCGUAUGUAUGAUAAAGGACCUGAAAGUGUUGGCGCCACUGUCUACAUUCUCCAAUUGUUGCAAUGCGUUCGGGCUAAUUCUCAUAUUUUUUUACCUGAUUCAAGAGGACCUUGUCUUCAAGGACUCCAUGUUGAAGAUGAAAUCAAUAAUUGAAAUCCCUUUGUUCAUCGGAGUAGUCCUGUAUGCGCUGGAAGCUGUGGGUGUGAUUCUUGCACUCGAGCGCAAUAUGGAAAAUCCUAAGGACUUCACGGGCUUGUUUGGGCUGUUCAGCAUCGGUAUGGUCAUUAUUGUCGUCAUGUACACCACCCUGGGUAUCUUCGGAUAUAUCAAGUACGGAGAAGAAGUUCAAGCAUCAAUAACGCUCAAUCUGCCGCAGGAUGAGAAGAAGGCGCAAGCAGCUAAAUUGGCUUUUGCUGGAACAAUACUCACAUCGUAUCCCCUACAAAACUUUGUGGCAUGGCAAAUCCUCUGGCUAAUACUGCAAAAAAAGCAUCCAUCAGCUACGGUGGACUAUGCACUUCGCCUUGGAUGUGCUACCGUGCCCUUUCUAAUGGCGAUUGCGGCACCUACACUGGGACCGUUCAUUGGACUGAUGGGAUCACUCUGCCUGUCCACGACGGCGAUCAUGUUUCCAGCUGUGCUGGAUAUCUGCGUACUCUACCCUGACAAGUACGGAACUGGCAGUUACAAGCUGAUCUCGGACAUCAUCACCAUAGUUCUUGGGGUCUUCUGUUGUUUAUCUGGCGUCUACAUCAGCUUACUGGAGAUGGUUGAAACUCUGGCAUAA